GUCGCUAGGGCGUUGGGUUUGGAGGCUGAAGUCGCUCGCUCGUCUGUUUACAAAUCAACAACAUUUCUUCCCUGGAGGAUGCGAACUCUGACCGGGACUCGGCACACUGUCUGCUGCCUCUCUCAUGGAUAGAACCAAAGGUGGCUGUCUCCAACUGCACAAUCUCGUCGACGAUUGACGCAAUUAUCCCACGCCCACAAACGGAAAAGACAAGAGAAACCACCCAGGAACAAAAUGGCCAACCUCCAAUCCCGCUCGCACAUCUCCCCGGACUCGCAAACCCCAAUAACACUCCACCCGCACUUCAACCCCAAAAUCCUCGCGCACACUCCCCCCGAGCCUCUGCGCGAAGAGAUAACACCACCACGCGAUCGGGCGCACUUUGCAGACCCGGAGAAGAAGGCCCUGUUCUCCGUCGCAACCCGCGUCGACCUCACCGAGAGCAUCGGGACGGUCCUCGAGGGCGUGCAAAUCUCAGAGCUCUCGGGGACGCAGCUCGAUGAGCUUGCGGCGCUGGUGACGGAGCGCGGCGUGGUGUUUUUUCGGGGGCAGGAUUUGGAUACGCAGGGGCAGGUUAGGGUUUUUGAGCAUUUCGGCAUCUUGGAUAGGCAUCCAGCGCAAAAGGACCAGAAGUACGUGAACAUCCACGGAAGCCGCGAAGAUCACCGCGAGAUCCUCAAGUAUACACCAUGGCCAAGCGGCGACUUUCACGCAGACACCUCGUUCGAGAUUAACCCACCCUCAUAUUCCCUCCUCCGAAUGGAAGAACACCCCAAAGUCGGCGGGGACACAGCCUGGGUCUCCCAAUACGGCCUCUACGACGCCCUCAGCGACGCGUACAAGAAGUUCCUCGACGGGUUGCACGCCGUGCAUACGUCGCGGCUGCAGUACGACACGAUAAUCGACCUCUGGGGCGUAGGCCCCAACCGCCCGCCCAUCGACACGCACCACCCGGCCGUCCGCACACACCCGGUCACGGGCCUGAAAGCACUGAAUGUGAACCCCGGGUUCGUUACGGGGUUUGCCGAGUUGAAGAAGGUCGAGUCUGACAAGACGCUCGACUUCCUCGCGUACCAUAUCCACUCGGCGGAUGACCAUGCUGUGCGGUGGAAGUGGGAGGUGGGCAGUGUGGCCAUGUGGGAUAAUCGAUGCACCCUCCACCGCGUCAUCCCAGGCACAUAUGAAGGCAAAAGAAGGGGAAUCCGGACGACGGUCUUUGGCGAGAAGCCAUACUUCGACCCCGCAAGCGAGAGCCGAAACGAGCGCGCUCGCAGACUGCGCGACGAGCUGAAGGGCGAGGGAGACGCGACGGUGGCGGCCCAGACUGGAAAGGUAGAGAUUCCUGCGUAGCUCAAGCCCCAGGGCUAUGGGUGCGUAGAAAGUGGGUGCUGCGUCGGUUGGAUGCUGGAGCGUGGAUGAUGGUUUUUGGUCAGAUGAGCAUCUAUGGAUCCUGAUCCCUCCAUCGCGAUGACACGAAGUACCGAUAACGUACAUAUUGCGUGCCGAAGCACUACAGGAGUUCAAAAACCUGCGCUCGGUAUCUGAAGAGGCGCAUAAGCGAGUUUCAUCUAGUGUCUCUCGUAAUCUCGAAC